AUGCAUAUCUCGACGAGUAAACUGACCAACACCGGCAAAUCGCGCACCAACAACUACCUGAACAACAACAACAACAAUAUGGGCGGCAAUAACGGCAUUAACCGACGCGGAGGGGGCGGCGGCGGACCCAUGAGGGGCGCCCGUCAGCAGCCAUACCAGCGUAACAACCAGUACAACAACUCGCGGGGCGGCGGCAACGGAGGAGGCGGUGGUUAUAACCGGUACGGCGGCGGUGGAGGAGGCGGUGGCGGCUACUCUAUGCCGCCGAUGAACGCCAACAGCGGCUACGGAGGUGGGGGUCCGGCCAUUGGCGGUGGCCCUCCCUAUUACGACGACAUGCAAGCCUAUCAGCCCUAUCAGGACCCCUAUGGCUACCCCGAUGUGGGCGGCGAUCAGUAUUAUGGAGGCGGCGGCGGUGGUGGCGGCCGACCAGUCGGUGGCGGAUCCAUGUAUGACACCCAACCCAUGUAUGGCAGGGGCGGCGGUGGAGGUGGCGGCGGUCCACCACCCGUCCAGAGGGCACCCGUUCAAACACAACAGCACAUCCAACCGGAUCUGUACGGCCGGGCGGACGUCGGCGGCGGCAGUGCCGGCUAUACGGCCGCACCCAUGGGUUACGGCGACUACGGUAUGGGUGCCGGCGGUGGCGGCCAAACGUUGGCCGACCCCCAGCAGGUCCGCGGCGGCGGCGGUGGUAUGGGUUACGGACAGCAGCCGAUGCGAAACGGUUACGGCGGUAGUGUUGGCGCUUACGGCGGUCGCACUGGCGGUGGUGCCGGAGGUGUUGGCGCCUACGGUGGCCGCACUGGUGGUGCCACAGGUGCCGGCGCGGGUGGUGUACCCCCGCCGCCGCCUCCCAGCGCUCGUUGGCAGCCGUACUGA